AUGACGAAUACGCAGUGCGCCGUUCAAAACUGUAAAAUAUCAGUUUUUAACAAACCUCCCGGGGUUACAUUCCAUCCAUGUCCAACUUCUUCCGAAAUCCGUAAUAGAUGGCUAAACGCACUGAAACAUAAGUGUAUCCAGUUAGAUUGGAGUAAAAGCAGAAUCUGCUCCAAACAUUUUGAAACUAAGUAUUUUGAUUCCUCACGCAAACUAAGACCAAAUGCAGUCCCAACAAUAUUCUCGUCGAACAUAAAACAACCCAUUCAUAAAGUGUUUUCUCCAAAGAGUAGAAUUGAAAGGCUGCUUAGCAAAAAGUCUCAGUCUGACAUAUUGCAAGACAUUCAGAGUUCCAUGAAAAGGUUGAGGGAGCCAUCAAAUUUGGAUAAUAUCAUUAAUGACCAAGUGAAAUUUAGAGGUGAAGUUUCCAAUGAAGCUCAGUUGUGGCUUAUUGUUAAGAAACAAGAACACUUAAAUAAAAGAUUACAAGCAAUUAAUGUACAAAAUAUGAAACAGAUUGAACUUUUGCAAAACAGUGUACAGCAGUAUAAGAAGAGAAGCACUGACUCUAACUCUGAAACACACAAAUAUAUUGUAAAGUGCUUGCAGGAGAAACUCUCAACUCUUGAGGAACAGAUAGAAAUCUUAACAGCUAUUGAAUCAAGAUAA